AUGCAUUUUAGAUAUCAAAAAGAUUUAUAGCCAAGCUUGUUGCAGAGAAUAAAAGACUCUUCAAGUGGUUUAAAUACUUAAAAAUAUUCAAGAACAAUUCUGGAGCCCUCCUAAGUAUCCUCUUAUCCCAGUGGUAAUAGCAGCUAAUUAGAGUAAUACAGCAAUAACUUUAUGAACACCUAAGGAAAUCAAACUUUUCUGCAGUAAUCUCAAGACUAUCUAGUUUAGCUUUCUGAAUAUCUUAGAAAAAUAGAUUAAGAGCUUAAGUUAAUAGAAGAUAGACAUGCAAAUAAUAAAUUUGAGGAAGGUGAUCCGAUAGAAAUCGUUGAAGGGGGCUACACUAAUUAUAAUGCUCGAGAAAUCAUUAUUCAGACAGAUGAUCCAAGAGAUCAAAUGAUAGAAAAUUUGCUUAAAAACAACAAAGAAAUAAGGCAGUCGGUGGAGGAAAUAAGCCGUUUCACAGUCCAAGCUGUGUAAAAGUUGAGUAAGCGAACUAAUAAAUAUGAAGAGGAGAAGAAAAUACCCAGAGAUCCAGAAGUAGAAAAUCUUGAUGGGUUGAUAGAAUAAAAUCAUAACUAGGGACUUCAGUUGAAAGAGUAAUUGAAAAGACUCAGUGAUAGGAUGGAAAAACUGACGAACUCCGAGAGACUUAAUGAGUUCAUGAAUGUCAUCACUGAUAAUUAAAGAUAAAGCUAAGUUUUACAAGAAAAGGUAUAAUAACUAGAAAAAUAGGUUAAAUAACAGUAAGAAUUGUUAGGAUAGCCUAACCCAAUAAAAGAAUAAAUUACCUAAGAGGAAGAUCAACUUAGGAGAGAGAUAAAGCUGAUGAAGAAACGAUUUAGGUAGCUAGACAAAUCUAAUCGAGAGGAAAUAAAGCAAAAUCAAUAGGAUCAUGGCAACAUUUACAAUGUCUCCAAGUAGAUUGAACGACUUAAGACGCACUUAAGCUUGAUUAAAACAAAUAGAACUAUUAUUCAAAACAAUUCCUAGCCAAAUUUGAAUAGUAUUAAUAAUAAUGGAGGAACGACCUCUAACUAUAAUUCGUAGAUUGAAUAAAAUCUUAGAAAUUAUACAAAUAGGAUAGAAAAUAUGAUAGACUACAAUAAAACUGGCGAUAAAAAGGGUCCUGACACUAAAAUUUAAGAUACUGAGAGUGACAUAGCUAAAGCUAAAAAACUGAUUUAAUUCAAAAGGAAAAUGAUUGAGAAUGAGGGAAAGAUGUACAGUCAAAAAAUAAAGCAGCAAGAAACCUAGUACAACAAAAGUGUGAAAUAAAUUUAAGAUACAGAAGAGAUAAUACAGUUAAAAAAUGAAGAAAAUCAAAAGCUGGCUGAUGAGAUCAAAAGACUGUAAGAAUGUCUAGAUCCAGAUAUUCUAAAGAUUCUGUUGAUGUAAAAUACCCUAAUGCAAAAUUAAACUGAGAGAGGUAGUAAUCUAUAAUAAUCAUUAACUUUAAAUACUGGUAGCUAGUUGAAUAUUGUGAGAAGUUAUGCUAACUUAAGUGCAAAAAAGAAAUUAAUAUCAACUGAAGAAAAUAUAUUUGAGAAAAAGCAAGUAAAUUAAGAAAAGACUAUUGCAACGAGUAAGAUAAAUCAGAGUUUAAAGCUAGAUAGCAUCAAUGAUUAGUUCAGAAGUACCACUGAACAAACAAGUACUACUAUAGUUCCAUCAAGCAAGAAUCAAAAUAUUUAUAAAAGUAUGAAUGUUGGUAAAAGACUCUAAAACCUGAAAUAGCUAGCAAAGGAAGAACGAAAAUCUAAUAACACAUAGAAUACCAAUCAAAAUGAACGAGACGCUAUAAAUUUAAGAAGUGCUUAGAGGAGUAGAUCAAAUACAAAUCAGGUAAAUAAUACAAACAUAAAUCAUAGAUUCAGAAAUGUACUAAAUAAUGAUAAUGAUGAAAGCUUUGAAGAGGCUAAGUAGCUUGAUUUGGAUCCACUGGCCAUUGAAUAGCUUAGAACUCAACUAAUAAAUAAUAGGAUAGGAGUUUAGCAAAACAGAUUACCAGAUAAAAUAGUCCUUAUAGAUAAAGUAAAUGGACGUGUAUAAUUAGGUUAACACAUAUAAUGA